AUGCCAGGCAUGGAAGUUUACGUGGCGAGCAGAGAUUCACCAGUUGUUUUGACUCCUAGGUUCAAGUUGUCAUACUGGAAAUAUUUGCUUGAUGAUUUGGAUAAACCAGAUGCAAUGGAGUUAGGUAGCCAUGGCUUUGCGUUCGUCGUGGUGCCCUCCACCAACUUCUCUGAUGCCGCUAGAGGCCGCUACCUCGACCUCUUCAACGAGUCGGACAACAGAAACCCCACCAAUCGUAUAUUUGCAGUUGAAUUCGACACCGCUCAACAAGCAAUUUUGAUGGAUACAGAUGCAAGCCAUGUGGCCAUCGACGUUAACCGUGUAAUAUCCAAUGCCUCUGCACCUGCUGCUUACUAUAUAGAGUAUGGCAAGAUGGAAGGGAAUCGAAAGCUGACAUCCAAGAAGAUAGAAGGAUGGGAGAUAGACUACCCACAUAGGUUCUCAUACAGGGAACUCUACAGGGCAACCAAGGGUUUCAAGGAUGAAUUGGGCAAAGGAGUUUCGACGGUGUCUACAAAGAGUGUCGAGCUUGGGGAGGAUGAGACACAUAAACUUGGUCCAAUUGCAUGGAAUCCUCAGUUGGGAACAGAGGUUCAAUAUUCUGAAGGAAUUGCUUCCAGCCUGCUGUAUCUUCAUGAAGAAUGGGAGCAAGUGGUUGUGCACAGGGAUGUUAAAGCAAGUCAUGUGUUGUUGGAUGGUGAUCUAAAUGGCAGGUUGAGUGAUUUUGGGCUUGUCAACUCUAUGAGCAUGGGACCAACCCAAAGACAACCCACAUCAUUGGGAGUUUCGGGUACAUGGCGCUGGAGCUCUCCCACAUCUACAAGUCCAGAGUUCGGAUGUGGUGGACAAACACUGGACGCUAUGGACAAGAAGCUUGAGAAUUGCUAUGUGGUGGAGGAAGGAGAGCUUGUGCUGAAGCUUGGCGUGCUCUGCUCACAGACUGCGCCUGAAUG